CUCAUCUUCCCGCCACGCAACCUCAGUCCGUCCUCUAUCCGCUCAGUGCUUGUCGUCCGAGCACUAUAAUCAUCUCCUGCCGCUUGAAGUCCGCUACUUUUUUUCUACGUCGAUGACCGAAGUCGCGCGAAAUGCUUUGUGUGCCCCGUCCUUGAGUGCCCACACGUACGAUGUUUUUACCGAAGACAUCGACAUCAAAAUGACCUACGAUCCGAUUCCCGGUAUUAAACCCGCCUCUAUCGCUCCUCUCACCCCUCCUUCCGGCGACUCUGACGAUCCUCUCGAAUCGCACGCUGUCGCAGCCUCUGGAUCCAUCUUCGGACAGGCGCUCAUUUCACGUGCCUUGCGUAACCGAGUCGACUACAUCGACACCGACUCUUGCGAUGCCGGCGGAGAAGACUCUUUCUUUGUCGCCGACAUUGGUGAGGUCUAUCGUCAGCACGUCCGCUGGAAGCUCAAUCUUCCUCGCGUCGAGCCUUUUUAUGCCGUGAAAUGUAACCCGGACAUGAAAGUUCUCAGACUGCUCGCGCGCCUUGGAACCGGUUUCGACUGCGCUUCCAAGAAGGAAAUGGAACUUGUCAUGGGCCUUGGUGUCUCUCCUUCUCGCAUUGUUUAUGCGCAUCCUUGCAAGGCUGCCUCGUUCGUGCGCUACGCCGCCGAGCGUGAUGUCAAGAAGAUGACGUUUGACAACGCCGAAGAGCUCUACAAGGUCAAGCGCUACUUCCCCGACGCCCAGCUUCUCUUGCGCAUCGUCACCGACGACACCGGCGCCUUGUGUCAGUUCUCGAUGAAGUACGGCGCACCGUUGCAGUCUGUCGAGUCUCUUUUGCGAUUGGCUAAGGAGCUCGAGCUCAAUGUCAUUGGUGUCUCUUUCCAUGUCGGAUCUGGAGCUUCGGGCGGCGAUGCCUUUGUCGACGCUGUUCGCAACGCGAGCAAGGUCUUUGACCAGGCUGCCUCGCUCGGCAUGACUUUGUCCACUCUCGAUGUCGGCGGAGGUUUCUCCGACGACAACUUUGAGGACAUUGCUUCCGUCCUCGGACCCGCGAUCGACGCCUACUUCCCUCCUUCUGUCCGCGUGAUUGCUGAACCCGGUCGCUACUAUGUGGCCUCGGCAUUUACGCUGGCGUCUCAUGUCAUUGCCCGUCGUGAAGUGCCUCAGCUCAACAACAUCAUGCUGUACCUUAACGACGGUGUUUAUGGAAACAUGAACUGCAUUCUCUUUGACCAUCAGCACCCGGUCGUCCGUGUCUUGACCCACGGAUCCCGUUUCAUGUACGGUCAGCCUGACAACUGCAGCGGGCCCGUCACAGCCUCGGUCUGGGGACCCACCUGCGACGGCAUCGACUGCGUGACCAACGAGUGCCACCUCCCUUAUGCGCUCGAAGUCGGCGACUGGGUUUACUUUGAAAAGUUCGGAGCCUACACGAUGUCUGCGGCCACUGGAUUCAACGGAUUCAACAGCCAGUGCGACGUGAUCUAUGUCUGCUCAGAGAGCGGCGCGGCUUCCCUUCUUGAAGAGUGCUGAGGUGCUUAUAAAAGUUGUUACUUUGUAUAUGUUUGAUUGGCGACGAUCAAGUAGAAAGAAAUUCAUAAAUCCUCAUCUUAGAUAGAAAUUUCUUUCGUUGCACAUCAAGAAGUCUUUUGUCUUGUUUGUUCUUGUUUUGUUUAAUAGUUGGGUAACGGUAUGGUACGUGUUUGUAUUAUAGAUCUGUAUUUGAGAUCUGUUUUGGGAUUUUCCUCAAAAGAAUUUGCUUUUUAUUACCAGAGUUGUUGGUUCAUUGUUUACGGGUGGAAUAAAAAGCGCAUGCUAUAGCUACUCUAAUCUUGCAGUAAUUCUACGAAACUUUUGAGACAAUGAAAGUCUGGAAGCACACGACUCUAUUCU